AUGAGUGCUACCCAAAUUGAAUCCUCACCACAACAGCUUCGGGCGUGUCUAGAAUGCCAGAAACGAAAAAGCAAGUGCACUGGUGAGGCUCCAUGUGCAUUCUGUGCUAGAACACAGAGGAUUUGUGUAUAUACAGCUCGACCUGUCAGGACACCUUUGACUAGGAAAAACCUAGAUUCGGCAGAACAAAAAUGCGAAAAGCUCACAUCUCUACUGAAGUCUCUCAAUCCAGAUGUCGACAUUGAAAGUCUCCUGAAAAAUGGGGUCCCUUCAAGUCGACCAGCUGCAAACAAUCCCAGCCCGAAGAGUCCACAGCAAGUGGAAGAAGCAAGUCCAGGAUCAUCCCAUGAGUACGAAUGGCACGAAGCACCGUUGUCGAAUGAUGACGAGCAAGCUCAUUCUCUGAGGGACGGGAUGGCAUUGUUAUCUACAGACCCUUCUGAAUCGGGCUAUCUCGGUAGCAGUGCUGGUUCAAGUAUGCUUCAGACGAUCUUUUCACUGCUGUCGUUGAGAGGACCAUUGGAUGACCCUUCCAAGCACGAAAUCUCCAAAUUGAUUGCAACCAGACAGCGAUCCGACUCAGGAUUCCUCACUCUCGAAGGUGACUUGGCUUCAUCAGCCAUUACACAUGGAUUGAUUGAUGCUUACUUUCUAUUUUAUAAUACCUCGUAUCCCAUCUUGCACAGUCAGCUCUUUAGAGACACUUACGCGAACAGAUCGCAGAUCGCAAGCAAUUCUGCUUGGCAGCUGGUGUUUUACACUGUUCUAGCAAUUGGCCAUUGGGUUUUGAGUGCUGGUGAAGACCAUGCAGACUCACCUUAUUAUCUUGCAGCACGAUCUCGAAUGUCUGCGGGUAUGCUCGAGAGUGGUACUUUGACCGGAGUGCAAGCGUUUUUACUGAUGGGAAAUUAUCUUCAAAAACGCGACAGACCAAAUACUGGUUACAACAUGAUUGGCAUCGCAUUCAGGAUGGCUUUGGGUCUGGGUCUCCAUCGUGAGAUCUCAUCCAUUAGUGGGGAGGAGAACACUUUGAGCAAAGAGAUCAGACGACGAGUCUGGUGGAUUCUCUACAUGGUCGAUUCUGGCUUCAGCAUAACCAUGGGAAGGCCUACCACUGCUUCCGAUGCAUUCAUUGACGUUCAUCUACCUCAGAACAUUGAAGACUCGCAUCUUACAUCCGAUGAACUAGUAUUUCCACUCCCUCCACCGGUAGACUACCCAACGACCUAUUCUGCCAUGAUUGCACAAGCUCAACUGGCAGUUAUCGCAAACAAGAUUUACAACGAGUUUCUGUCCGCUCAUAUCAGUAACGCUGUAAUCAACGAGGAGUUAGCCCACAAAUUCGAGGAAGAACUCCGGACAUGGCGAGUCUCUUUACCGCCUUAUUUCCACGAUCCCAAAUCUCCAACAUGGUUUCACGGACCAAGAUCUGUCAUUCUGUGGAAGGAACAGAACCUUCGAAUGAUGCUCUGGCGAGGUGGUCAGAGAAACAAUAGGGUGCGGCCAAGAAGUGAACUUGCGGUUCAGAACUGCAUUCUUGUUGCCCUUGAAUCAGUCGACGCAAUUUGUACAUUUUGCGAUACGAAUGAGAGGCUUCACCAAGGGUUGAGCUGGUAUGCCACAUAUUUCCUAUUCCAAGCCGUCUUAGUCCUCGACUUUGGCCUACUACAGUCACCACAGGACGGACAAGCAUCCAUUUGGAGAGAAGCCAUCGAGCGAUCAAGGCGAUCUUUCACCCAGCUUGGCAUCACGAACCCCGCUGCACUGCGGUGUAUCGCUGUGCUUGAUCGUAUCCACCAGCAUCAUCAAGCUGGAUCAACGAUACCAUCACAGCCUGCUCCUGAUGAAGUGGCCAAUGCUUUUUCAACUUUUGGUGACGAAUCACUCCAGGAGAGCUCGGUUGAUUACGCCACGCAUCAGGCAUACUCAGCUGAUCCAGCAUUGCAGUUCUUUUUCGAUGGGCCGCCAAUGACGAAUCUUUUCGACGGUGUUUAUGGCUUUCCAAGUACGCAAGAACAAGAAAACUUUGACUAUAUUCCGGGAGAUUUCUACAACAUGGACGACUUCGACAUGUCACUGAAUUGGCAUGAUCCUCAAAAUGGAUCCCAUGCCUGA